AUGGCUAAACCAAACAACAUAUCUUCAGCCAAAUUGAAAGCUGCAGCAGCAGCUUCCAAGCAGAAACAAGAAGGUGACACUAUAUGGAACGUUGAUCCAUUAGUCGACCCUGUAUUUGGCAAAGGUCAAUUCCGUGAAUAUUUAAUCACUAAUCCAUCACCAAUCGUGUUGAGAAAACGACAAUUUGUCAAACAAGAAUAUUUCUUCUUGAUCGCUUUGGUCCUUAUUGGAUUAGUUGUCAGAUUACGUGGAUUAUCAUAUCCCGAUUCCGUGGUAUUUGAUGAAGUUCAUUUCGGUGGGUUUGCUAGAAAAUACAUCUUGGGUAAUUUCUUCAUGGAUGUUCAUCCACCUUUGGCUAAAAUGUUAUUUGCUGCUGUUGGAUCCAUUGGCGGGUUUAAUGGAGAUUUCGAGUUUAAAAAAAUUGGUGAUAAGUUUCCUGAAACUGUUCCAUAUAUAUUUAUGAGACAAUUCCCAGCUUUAUUGGGAGUUGCUACUGUUGUAUUGUGCUAUUUGACAUUAAGACAAUCAGGUGUACGCCCAGUGAUUUCAUUUGCUACUGGCUUACUCUUGUUGAUUGAGAAUUCAAAUGUUACUAUAUCAAGGUAUAUUUUGUUGGAUUCUCCCUUGGUGUUUUUCAUAGCUGCUGCUAUAUAUUCUUGGAAGAAAUUUGAAAUUCAAAUUCCAUUUACUUUUGGUUGGUAUAGAAGUUUGUUUGCCACUAGUGUUGCUUUGGGAUUAGCGUUGAGUUCCAAAUGGGUUGGCUUGUUUACUGUUGCUUGGGUUGGAUUCCUUUGUAUUUAUCAAUUAUGGUUCCUUAUCGGUGAUUUGACUGUUUCCAAAAAGCAAAUUUUGGCUCAUUUCUUUCUUAGAGGCUUCACCUUAUUGGGAGUCCCCUUGGUAUUAUACCUCGCCUUCUUUGCGGUUCAUUUCCAUAUGUUACCGAAUGAAGGUGAUGGAAGUCCAUUUAUGAGUAGUGCUUUCAGAGCUGGCUUGAAAGGAAACAAAAUCCCCACUGAUAUUACUGCUGAAGUUGGAUUAGGUUCAGUUGUCACGUUACGUCAUCUUGACACUCAAGGUGGAUAUUUACACUCUCACCAGCAAUUUUACCCAACAGGUUCCAAACAACAACAAAUUACCUUGUACCCGCACUUGGAUUCGAACAACAGAUGGUUAAUUGAACCGUAUAAUGGCACAAUCUACAAUGACACAUUUAUCCCUUUAAUUAAUGGAAUGAAAAUUAGAUUGAAACAUGUCAAUACUGGUAGAAGAUUACAUUCGCACGAUGAAAAACCUCCAGUUAGUGAACGUGAUUGGCAAAAGGAGUGUUCAGCUUACGGAUUCGAUGGGUUCAAUGGAGAUGCCAAUGAUGAUUGGGUGGUUGAAAUUGUUCAAUAUAGAACUAAAGACGAUGAUGCUAAGGCAUUUGUUAAAGCCUUGAAAACCGUUUUCCGUUUACGUCAUGCCAUGACGGGUAAUUACUUGUUUUCAAGUGAAGUGAAGUUGCCUGAAUGGGGAUUCGGUCAACAAGAAGUUACAACUGCAUCUCAAGGUAAACGUGCAUUGACUCAUUGGUAUAUUGAACAGAAUGAGAACAAGUACUUACCUCAAGAUCGUCAAACUAUUAUAAACUAUCCUAAAUUAUCCCUUUGGGAAAAAAUUGUUGAACUGCAUCAAAGAAUGUGGAAGAUCAACUCGGGAUUAACUGAUCAUCAUCAUUGGCAAAGUGAUCCAUCAGAAUGGCCAUUCUUGUUGAGAGGUAUCAACUAUUGGACAAGAGAACAUAAACAAGUUUAUCUUUUGGGUAAUGCCGUUACUUGGUGGGCUGCAACUACCGUAAUCUUCACAUUUAUCAUUUAUGCAGUCAUUACUGUCUUUAAAUAUCAUUUGGGUAAACCGAUGGCUACUAAUAAAGAAGUGUUUAAUUUCAAUGUUCAAACAUUUAGUUAUGUCUUAGGUUGGGCAUUGCAUUAUUUCCCAUUCUUCAUCAUGGGUAGACAAUUAUUUUUACAUCAUUAUUUACCAGCGUUGUACUUUGCCAUCUUGUCGUUAGGACAUUUCUUGGAAAUUUUCACCAAUUAUUUCACUUCAUCAUCGAGAAUCUUGCGUCAAAUCGCCAUGGUUUUAGUUGCAUUGUUUGUUGUUUUUAGCACCGUGUUUUACCUCAAUUAUUCAUCAUUGAUAUAUGCUACUCCAUGGACCAAGAACGCAUGCGAAGUAUCUAAACCUUUUAGUUCAUGGGAUUAUGAUUGUAAUAAUUUCCAUAAAAGCAUUGCUCAAUAUGAUUUUUCUCAGGAGAGUGCGGAUCCACUUGAACCAGCCAAGGGACAUUUACCCGACGAAGCUAAACAAACUCCAAAAGCAGUUCCUAAUAUUGCCAAGGAGGAGAAACAUAUUGAAAAACCACCAGUUGAUGCACAAGAAGCACCAGUUAAGGAACAUGAACAAUUGGCACCACCGGGUGUUAACAUUGAUACCAAAUCGAAUAGUAAAGAAGAUGCCCCUGUUGCACCAGCUCCAGUUGCUGAGGAUGAUUCCAAAGUUGAGCAAGCCCCUUCUAAUGAUGACAUAAUUGAAGAGCAAGUUGAAGAGAUUGCUAAUGAGCCAAUUGUUGAAAAAAUUGAAAAACCAGUGCUCGAUGAUAUCCCCCAAUACGAUCAAGUUGAUGAUAUCAAUCAAAAGAUUGUUGAAGAAGAAUUGAUUGAUCCUCCAGUACAACCAAUAGUAGAAGAACAAGAAACCCAACAAGCAAUCUAG